UUUUCUUUCAGCAAAAUGUCUGCAACAUUUAACGGAACUAAUGGCAUACAAACCAACAUCUCCCAAUUGGAAACUUUACCCAAUAAAAUUUUUCUAGUUCCCAAUUGGUUGGAGGAAAAGCUGUUUGCUAAUAUUGUCAAAAACGACUAUGGAGAGGCUUCGAAAAUUACUAACUUCACUGUCACGCCUGCAACAAAACCUGGAGAAAAUUCUUCAUCAGUAAUGUUUCGAGUGACGAUUGAUGUGGAUUUGAUGGAAGAUGGCUGUACCAAGACUAUAUCAUUUAUCCUGAAAACAAAUCACAAUGACGAUAGUAUGUUAUCUCUUCUUGAAAACUUGAUGCUUUUUCCCAAAGAACAAGAAAUGUACGGAUCAAUAAUUCCAAAAUUUGAAUCUCUGUUCGAGGAGGCUGGAAAAUGUGUCAGUUUUGCACCAAGAAGCUAUAAGUUCUCCCAGAAUCUUUCAUUGGAAUACGUUCUUCUGGAAGAUAUUAGCAGGAAGAAUUUUCGAACUGCGAAUCGACUUGUUGGUCUUGACAUGACGCACAUGAAGCAUGCUCUUACAAAGUUAGCUGAAUUUCAUGCUGUUUCAGCAUGUCUUCACGAACGAAAUGGGUCCUAUGGCGAACAGUUUAUGUAUUCCAUUUUUACCGAGAAAUAUCGAUCAAUUUUGACAACUUUAAAUAGUUCAGCAAUGUUUUUGAAUCAUCUAAAAAAAUGGAAGAACUGUUCUCAAUAUGCUGAGAUGCUGGCUGAUAGUGACAACUGUCUUGUGGAUCGUAUCAUUCAAGCUGCCAAAUUCAACCCGAGUGAAUUUAAUGUUCUAAAUCAUGGUGAUUUCUGGAGCAAUAACAUCAUGUUUCAAUAUGAUGCCUUUGGUAAAAUCAAAGAAACUUGUUUUAUUGAUUUUCAACUUUGCAAAUAUGGUAGUCCAGCUUAUGAUCUUUAUUAUUUGAUAUUGACAUCAGCUCAAAUGAAUAUUAAGCUGUCACAAUUUGAUUAUAUGAUAAAAUAUUAUCAUGAUAAUUUAAUUGCCAAUUUGAUGAGAUUGGAGUAUCAUAGGCCAUUGCCGAAAUUAAGGAAUUUACAUAUGGCAUUGCUGAAAAAUGGACUUUCUGCUUAUUUGAUUGUUUCACAAAUUUUACCAGCUGUUAUGUUUGAUUUGGGAUCUAUUUCAAAUAUUGACAGGGAGGAUGAAUUUAAGCUGAAAUCUGCAAUGUAUAGUAACUUUACCUAUGUGAAAGCGAUGCAAGAAAUAAUGCCAUGGUUGGAUAAUCGGGGACUUUUGGAUUUAUGUUGAUGUUUUCAAAUUUUAUUUACUUACACAAUAAAUAUUGA